AUGCUGGGACUAAACAUCACUCUGAUCAGUGAGUUCAUUCUGGUGGGCUUUCCCACUGCCCCGUGGCUACAGGUACUACUCUUCUUCCUCUUCUUUAUGAUCUACCUGCUAGUGAUAGUGGAGAAUCUUGUUAUCAUGUUCACUGUUUGGGUCACUGGCUCCUUCCAUAAGCCAAUGUACUAUUUCUUGAGUAGCAUGUCCUUUCUGGAGGUCUGGUAUGUUUCUGUCACAGUCCCCAAGAUGCUGGAUGGAUUCCUCCUGCAGAGAUGGCGCAUUUCCUUUACAGGUUGCAUGACCCAGAUUUACUUCUUUAUCUCACUUGCCUGCACAGAGUGUGUGCUCCUGGCAGCCAUGGCCUAUGACCGCUAUGUGGCCAUCUGCCACCCUUUUCAAUACUCAAUCAUCAUGACCACAGGUUAUUGUGUGCAGCUGGUGGCUUUCUCCUACAUGAGUGGUUUCAUGGUCUCUGUCAUCAAGGUCUAUUUCAUUUCACACGUUGCUUUCUGUGGCUCCAAUGUUAUGAACCACUUUUUUUGUGAUAUCUCACCAAUCCUCAAACUGGCAUGCAAAGACAUGUCCACAGCUGAGCUAGUGGACUUUGCUAUGGCUAUUGUUAUUCUCGUGUUCCCUCUCAUAAUCACUGUCCUGUCCUAUAUCUACAUUGUCUCCGCCAUUCUGCGUAUACCCUCCACCUAGGGAAGGAAGAAGGCCUUCUCCACUUGUGCAUCCCACCUCACUGUAGUUAUAAUUUACCACACAGCCAUGAUUUUCAUGUAUGUCCGGCCUAGAGCAAUUGCGUCAUUUAACUCCAACAAACUGAUAUCAGCUGUGUAUGCAGUCCUCACACCCAUGCUAAAUCCAUUCAUCUACUGCCUAAGGAACCAGGAAGUCAAGAAUGCUAUCAAAAAGACCAUGAGGGGUGGUAAGUGCCUUCUGCUCAGCUGA